CAAUGUCUGGAAAUUAAAAUUGUCAACUUUUAAUACAACCCAGUAACGGGACAACAGCUGUCACUGCCAGCAGCCAGAGGUGGGAUGGCCCGCCGGCCGGGUGGGCAGUUAGCUGGUUGCAUUCUGCUAGUUGUAAACAAGAACGGGACGGGUAUGAACAAGAGUGAAAGUAAUAUAUGAUGGAGCCAAGUCAGUGGAGGAUGCAUGUGAAAACAUUUCAAGAUGCUGUGCAUGGUGCCAUAACGCUUCACCCUUUGUGUGUCAAAGUUAUUGACACGCCACAGUUCCAGAGGCUCAGUUUCUCCUGCAACUGGCCAUCCUCUGCAAAUCCACUAAAAUCCAAGACUCCUCUUCCUGUGGAUGUCCUACUGGCCACCAUGAUCAGCUGUCCGACGUUCAUCAAGGCUCUUGGUACAUGUUAUUUUGUAUUCCCUGCCGCAUCUCACAACCGCUUUGAGCAUUGUAUUGGGGUGUGUUAUUUGGCUAAUCAGCUGGUGUGUGCACUCCAGUCUCGGCAACCAGAGUUGGAUAUCUCAGAGGCUGACAUCCUGUGUGUACAACUGGCUGGCCUGUGCCAUGACUUAGGUCACGGUCCCUUUAGUCAUCUCUGGGAACAAUUUGUGCGCCAAGCAAGACCUGAAAAGCAGUGGGUGCAUGAAAAUGCCUCAACAAAGAUGUUUGACUACUUGCUGAAAGCUAACAAUCUUGUUGAAGAAUUUCAAAGAUAUGGUUUGAAAGAGCAAGACAUAAUCUUCAUCAAAGAAAUGAUCUACAGUGUAUCUGGUAAUGGUUCAGAAUGGUGCUAUAGAGGUCGUCCUAGGGAGAAAGCAUUUCUGUAUCAGAUUGUGGCCAAUAAGCAAACUGGGAUUGAUGUUGAUAAGUGGGACUACUUUUUACGUGACAGCCUUAACUUAGGCAUCAAGGUGACAUUCGACUACCAUCGCCUCAUCCAGUUUUCUAGAGUUAUACCAGUGGAGGAACAACCUCAGAUCUGCAUUAGGGACAAGGAAUGCAACAAUGUCUAUGAUAUGUUCCAUGCCCGACGGGUUUUACAUCGUACUGCCUAUAAACACCGCGUUGUUCAGAUCAUUGAUAACAUGCUCAUUGAUGCCUUACUCUAUGCUGACAAACACAUUCGUUACCUUGGAUCAAAUGGAGAAUUGUUAGUGGAGAAAUUCUGGUUUGAAAAGAUGGACAGUCAUUUCUCUCUCUCUCUCUCUCUCUCUCUCUCUCUCUCUCUCUCUCUCUCUCUCUCUCUCUCUCUCUCUCUCUCUCUCUCUCUCUCUCUCUCUCUCUCUCUCUCUCUCUCUCUCUCUCUCCCUCUCUCUCUCUCUCUCUCAUGGGUGUGUGUGCUCUUAUUCAAACUAUAUUGCACCAGCCUCAUACUUCUUGUGAAAAAACACCAUGUGAGUCAUAGGGUGAGGUAUCCUUUAGCAGAUGUGUGUGAUGACAUGAUGGCCUAUUGUAACUUGACUGAUGGGGUUCUCCAUCAAAUUUUGUUGGAUGAGGGAGAUCACCCAGAUCUACUGCAUGCCAAGAAAAUUCUCACCAGCAUCUUCAGACGCCAACUAUAUCUUUGUGUAGGCCAUACAAGACCCAGCAAUUUUGCCACUACCUUCAAGAAUAUCAAAGAAGCACUGGAAAGGAAUAUUCCAAAAGAUAGCACACUCACACCACAAGAUCUGGUAAUAACACAAGUGGAACUAAAUUACGGGAUGGAUGAUCAGAACCCUGUUGAGAUGGUCUAUUUUUAUAACAAAAACUCCCCAAUGAAGACCAGGAAAAUCAAGAAGGAAGAAAGUAUUCUGGUUCCUGAGAGAUUCCAGGAAAAAAUCUUUAGAGUUUUGUGUAGAAGCAACAAAGAAGAUAAAUUUAAACAUGCCCAAGUAACCCUGAUGGCUGCAUGCCAAGAACUUGGCAUGAAGGAGCCAUAUGUUGAGCUCUUCCCACCACUUUUCUCCUUGGAAAAUCAUAAAUAGAUGGAUGACUGAAGGUUUCAGAAACUCCUUUUCUCAACAGUAACAUAAAGCAGAAUCUACUUAGCAAGUGAAUUACUGUAUUUAUAAGUUUAUAUUUAAAUGAAACAGGCAUGAUUUUUUAAGGAUUCCACUCCAGUAAUCCCUUGUUAUAAUGGACUAAUACUUCCAAAUCAAGCCCAAUAUAAUGUUAAUGAAAUCUCUGGAGUGAAAAACAAAUUUUCAUGUGAUCUAUGUAUGUGUAUCAUUGGGUGAUGCGAUGAUGAUUUAAUUGUUGCACCUUCCUUCUGGUAUUCUGUUCAUCAAGUCACAGCUUAAUUCAGAAUACCCCAAAAAAACUGUUAUUGGUUGUAUCACUUGUACACAGCUUCUUCCAGAUAUCAUUACUCCCUAUUAUUUAUAUAUUUUAUUUUUUUAUUUAUUGUUUCUUGAAACCACACUGGGCUAAACCAAGUUCCCACUGGAGAUAGCUCAUAAGUGACAAUGUCAAAGAAAGUAAGAUAUUGUCCAUCUUCUCUGAUGAGUCUCUUAAUUUAUGUAUGUAUGUGUGUAUCUAUGUCUAUCAAGAGAGAGUUUAUGAUAUUUUAUAUUUAUUGUGAUAUGUAUUCCCUCCUAUUUAGAUUUUUAUUUAUCUACUUAAACAUGUAUAUAAUGUACUUGGCAACACUGCGUGUGACAUUCUGCAAGCUCACUGAUGCCACUACUUUGCUUUCAAUGUGGCCAUGCCAGCUCUUCACUCAAAUUGCCAACACUGCCUGAGUGACAUCCUGCAAGCUCACUGAUGCCACUAGUUUGCUUUCAAUGUGGCCAUGCCAGCUCUUCACUCAAGUGCACUUUUUCACUCAUCUUUACUGUGUCUUGAAUUCAAACCACCUGGGAUUCAUAGUGCAGUUACAUUGUCUACCUGGCAGUACUAAAACAACUUUUACUAAGCAAACCACAUCAAAUACAUGAGCUGCUCUUGUAUGAGUGAAGAUAUUUCAAUUAGUUUCUGUAUUAAUUAUUCAUGUUUGACUAACUUGAUUUCUUUUACUACAUUUUUUAUGUAUGCAGUGAAAGUAAAUCUCUAAAAGUUGUAUAGCAGGACUUCUAAAGGGCAUUUGGCAGUUCUUCAUAUACAGUUGCUGAAUGAACUAUAGGUAUAUGAUCUUUUAUCCGGAACUCUUGGUACCUGGCACUUAAUGAAUUCCAGAAUUUUCUGAAUUUUGGAACAUAUCUUGCUCUACACACAGUAUUUACAACUGCUGUACUUAUUUUCCCCUUAGCAAUUUGCAUAAGUAUACAUGGUACUUAUUAUUUGUACUUACUUCAUCAUUAGCUUUCUGUAUUGUAAUUUAGAGUUACCACAAACCUUGCCUGUAAUUUGAUCCUUACAUUGUCCUGCACAUGAAAACAUAUUGUUAUUCUCUAUCAAAUAUUGAGGAAGCAUAGCUUUUUCAACAGUAUCUAUACCAGCACUUAUUCCUAUGUACCACAAAUAAGGGAAUAUUAAACAACACACAUUUACUAAACAACUUAAACAGGACAUUAAAUAAGAACUACUAGUGGAUAAUCAUGACGCAUGUAGACAUCAGCCGAGCACUGCCCCUCACAUGUACACACAAGCAGCCUAACAUGUGACAAUCCUUCUUGAGUAUUAUCAUGACCAGGUGCUAAUGUAUCAAACAUUUUCAAAAUCUGAAGCUUAUUGCCCCAAUAUGCCAUGACUUUAUGUGGAAAAAUAUUCCAGAAACUGCCAACCUGUGAUUAUGAUUUUUUCCAAGCCAAUUUUCACCAGAAACAGCCCAGUUCAACAGAUAAACUGUGGAUCUGGCAACUCUGGCAGUGUGGUGCUAGGCAGCAGUGUGGGCUUUCAGAUUUUGUAUGAAAAGAUAUGAGAAAGUGAAAGAUUUCUAUGAGUAUCUUGUGUGUCACCUUGCAUCUUCCAGUAUCAUAUGGGAAGUAAAGAAUCAGAAAUAGUAUAUUUUUAGUUAUUCCUAUAAAUCUUACAUGGCUGUGCAUGUACAUAGUCAAAGAGAAAGUUAUUCUGCUUACAAACAGGAGUAAAGCAAGAAUAAUGAUGAUUUCAAGAAAGUCUUGAUGAAGACUUUCUUGAAAUGAAGGAUGCAUGGUGGCCCAUUAGAGUUGUUCAAGAUUCAUAGCAUAGGUUAACAUACAGUAAUUGCUGAAGAUUAUUUUACACUUGAACAAUCAGACAUUAUGAGGAGACGUUACAGUUUUAAGAUAAUCCAUGAUAGAUUUGUCAAUUAAGAAACACUUUUUAAUCUGGUCAUUAAUGUAAGUAAUUAUUUAUCCUCCAAUGUGAUCAGUAGUGUAACAUGAAGAGCUUUCAAAAAUAUAUUGAACAAGUACUUUGGCUGUAAUCCACAACUAAGAUCUCCAUUAUCAUAGCAAAAUCUAAUUACCUGAAUUAAUUAAUUAUAUUUGCCUAUUUAGUUAGUUUUAUUAUUCUAAUUUUUUGCUGCUAGCUGUGCCCAAAUAGCUGUUGCAGUAGUGAUAGUAUUGUUCCUUUAAAAAUUUUUCCCUUAACUGUUAGCUACAGCUGGAGCAAAUUGCAAAUGAGGAAGCAACUUCAUCCUAUCUAUCCUACAUUUCUUCCUUUAGAAUAAAGAGUAUCUCUUACUACAAACAGCCUUUUAAGGAUGAACAUGUCUGCUGUUUGUUCAUUCUUUGAAUUCAAGCCUUUGAGUGUGUGUGUGAGAAUGCAUCAGAUGCAUACACUACCCUCAUAUGAGUGAAGAUACUAUGUGGUGUUUCUGAGACAAGUAAAAAUAAGGAACAUAUUUGUGAAGGGGUUUUAGAUUGCAAUAAGUUAUGUGGAUUCUCUAAUAUGAAUGACACAUUCAUAUUAAAGUUUUGCUUUUUAUGCUCUCAUUCUUGAAUCUUCCACCAUCUGUCUGAGACUUUACUAUUACUCUUAUUAAAUACUUGUAUGCUGUUUAUCUCUUAAAUGAAUCCUCUGGCUAGGGUAAAACCCUCAGUUAGGAUACAUUAUUUAUAUUUAUUUAUUUAUUUAUUUAUUUAUUUAAUUUACUUUUUCCAAGUUACAAAAAAAAUUCUAAAUCUGAGACUAGUAGUUAUAGCAUGUAAAAACAAACACAACCUAUACUUAUGAACAUCUGAGUUACAAACACCUGGAGAUACAAGUGAGAGGCACUACAAGUCCAAAUUUUGUUCACUGCUCCACUGCAGAUUUAAAUUCUGUUUGCUACAUCCCUCCCACCUAGUAUUACUUUUAGCUGUUACAUAUGCCAAGCAGCAGCAUAUUGAAGGAGAUAGGCAUCAUGCUGUCUACACUCACCUUCCUAGCAUUGACAUUGCAGAUGGUAAAAGUAAAUAUAUACAUGCGAUAUAUUAUAUGAGUAUUUUUGUGUACAGCUCACAUACUUGAACAUACAGAUUAUUUAUGUGGGUACACCUAUGUUCACCACUAGCUUUGGCUGCCACUGUCUUUCAUUAACACAGUGAAUUUGACAUUAAAAGGUGACAUCUUUCUGGAUGCACUGAAAGAUGCCAAAGUUGUGCCAUUACUUAAAUCAGGCAAUAGAUCCGAUAUUAAUAAUUACAGGACUAUCUCAAUAAUUCAAGCAUUCAGCAAGGUUUUUGAAAAGGUAUUACUUUCUGUCUUGUCACAUUUUUUGAAAUUAAUAGUACUCACAGACUAUCAGCAUGGGAUCAGGGCAGGUGCAUUCCACAGAAGAGCUAUUUCACAUCUAAUGUAAAUCAAUAUCUAGAAAAGAAACAUGAUUUAAUAGGAAUAUUCUUAGACCUAUCUAAAGCAUUCAAUACACUGAGUCACAAAAUUCUGUUGAAUAAGCUUAGUCACUAUGGUGUUAGAUGAAUUCCAUUAAAACUAUUUGAAAAAUUAUUUAAUCAAUAGGUCACAAGCUGUAUACUGCAACUCCACACAUUCUUCUUUUAGGCCAAUCAACAAGGGUGUACCACAAGGGUCAAUAUUAGGACCAAUUCUUUUUCCCAUCUAUAUAAAUGACAUUGUUAAUGUAAGUUCUAAAUUUAAAUGCACUAUUUAUGCUGAUGAUACAAAUCUAUUAGUAGAUAAUGUGAACAUUGAUGAUCCUCACAUAAAUUUUACUACAGAAUUAGAAAAAAAAAAAUCAUUGGACUAAAUUUAAUAAUCUGAGUCUGAAUAUUACAAAAUCUAAUUACAUUUUUUUUUUUUUUUCCAAAUCAUUCAGUACAACAUAAUAUUCCCCUGUAACCACAGAAGCAAACACAUUAGACAAUAAAAUUCACAAAAUUUUGGGAUAGUUAUAUGGAUGAGAAUAUGAAUUGGAACCAGCAGAUCUCUUUGGUCACAAAGUAGCAAGGAUGUGUGGUAUUUUAUACAGAGUUCACAAUAAUCUCACCUGAAUCCCUCACUAGUACUUAUUACACACUUUGUUACCCCCAUCUCAUCUAUUGUGUAUCAGCCUGGGCCUGUAUCUGGCAGUCCUCCAUUAAAAAAAUAUCAACAGCUCAAAAUAAAAUUUCUAGAUGCCCAUUUUACAUUAAGACUUGUCAAUAGUGUUAAUUUAUCCAUUUUUAAAAAGUCUGUGAAAACAUAUUUAUAUAAUUGCCAAAAUAAUUAAUAUUAUAUACAUACCACUGUUAAAACUUAAGAACUAGUUAAUAAUAUUUUUGUUCAUGCAGGGUUUCUACAUUGCUUUGAAUAAGAGGACUGUUACUUUGUAUAUAUUUUCUAGUGUGGUUAUGUAGUGUGUGGUAUGAACUCUAUUUCACGAGUGUAAUGUUUUUUAUUACUGUCAUUGCUAUUGUUGUUGGUAUCAUUAUUAUUAUUAUUAUUAUUAUUAUUAUUAUUAUUAUUAUUAUUAUUAUUAUUAUUAUCAUUAAUUGUUCUUGUUUUACACAUUGAGUAAAUAUUCUCAGUUUGUGCCAGUGUAAACACUAAAUCAAAUAAUAUGUAAACAUGUCUGUCGGGAAGCUUCGGCUUGACAGGCUGUGCCAUUAUCGUUUGUCUGACUAUAUUACUAUUUAUCUCAUGAUAUUAUGCCUGUUAUUGUAGUUUUUUGGAGUGCCUUAUAUCAUUCUCAGAAAUUGUACUUACAUGCUCACACCCUGGCUGGUCAAACUAUUCCACCUCUGUCAACACCUAUCUUUUCUUCUUGCUGUAAGUUUGCCUAAAUUGUUUGUAUGACUAUAUUAUCAUUUAUCUGACUAUAUUAUGCCUGUUAUUGUAGUUUUAUGGAGUGCCUUCUAUCAUUCUCAGAAAUUGUACUUAUAAGCUCACACCCUGGCUGGUCAAACUAUUCCACAUCUUUCAACACCUAUCUUUCCUUCUUGCUGGAGGUUUGCCUAAAUUACCUAUCCAUCUUUCCUUCCUGGAAGUUUGCCUAUAUUCAUUCGGUUCCUAAGAAGUUUGACCUUUCCAGUCCUGCAAACUAGUAACAUAUAUCUUUAAUUUCCUCUCUUUUAAAAGCUUUUAAGUCCAUCUUCAACAGGAAAAUUCUUAAGCAUCUAUCUCUUCACAAACUAAAAUCUGAUGAUCAGCAUGACUUUUUAUGGCUGAUCCACUGCAUCAAUCUUUCCUUACUUAACCAUAGUUGUAAUUUCAUAGAGAUUUCAGUGCAAUUUCUACAGUUGCCUUAAGGUGUCUUCUUCAGUUCUUCACAAGCACUUUGAAAACAGGCAUUUUCCCAUGUAUUCCUUUCAUGCAGGUCUCCUGGGAGCCUUAGAACUUUACAAUUACCCUGGAGUGCAAACUUUCGAGGCUCCCAGGGAACCUUUUUUGAAAAAUAGAUGGGGCAGUGGGGUGGACCGAAAGACAGCCGGGUGGACCGAAAGACAGCCACUCAUGGGUAGCAAUGCAAACAUGGUAGGUGAAAACAAGCUGAUGUUUUCAGCAUAAUCUGGAGCACACAGAAUUAUCUGCAUACAAUUAACUCGUGGAUGAAAACCAUUAUUAAAACCACGUAUCAUGAAUUGUUUAAAAUUAAAUGAGUAGUAAAAUUAAAUUAGUAGUAACACUUGCAUACAAUGAGCAUGGAAGUCAGGGCAUUCUGGCGGAGCAGGUAAAAGUGUCUGAAUGGCCGUCUUGUCUUGGGCCACAACUCCUAACACAUCGUUGUGUUCUGGUACAAUGCCAUAAUGUAGUGUGAGAUCAUGACUGAUACAACCAAUUCAUGCUAAAAUACUCUACAGAGUGGCUUGCAUUUCCACAGAUGAUGAAGUAAAACAGGUCUGAAGACGCAGUAAACAGGAAAGAACGUUGCCUAGACAUGGUAGAUUCUGAGCAGCAGGGCAAAGGACCUAGCUCUUGCCUCUGUUAAUGAACUGUGACCUGGACAGCUGCUAGACAUGUUUCCUACAACUAGUUUCCCCUUGCCCCAUAAUUGCUAAUAAUAGAAAAUAUUUUGUCAUAUUAUACAGUCUGUCUAGACAGACUGGGAUGAUAAAUAAGGAUACCUAAGAGAUGGAACACACCCAAAAUACACAGCGUAAAAAUACCAGCAAAAAUACAUUUUGAUAUUUCAUUGCAAAACUGCCAUAUGUACAGUACCAUCCAGCAACUUUUUAGUAAUAUUUGGCCCAUUUUUUGCAUCAUUUUUAUCCAGAAUGUCUUAACCAGGCUACAUACAACAUAUUACUAAAUGCCACUUCUUUAGAUGUAACAACCAUUAAACAUGAGUAACUCAAGUGUCUGCCCGUCUCUCUGCCUCAACCAGAAAAAGCAAAGAAUCAAUCCUAUAUGAUUACUUUUAUUUAACUGACAAUAUCACAAGGCCUACAAGACCUAAAUGGCAUAAACUUCAAGCAGCAGGUGGUGAAGGCUGCUGCAAUCUCUGUGAGGGAAGCCUCACCAAUGAAUUGUAUGACACUUUUUCCCUGGGCAUCACACCAAGCAACUCUGUUGCUCUGUUCUUCAGUGGUUAAGUGGGCAGAGCUCUGAGGAGCCUCAAUUCAAGGCUCCUCAGAGAACUGAAGAUGCCAUCUUUACACACAUUAGAACCAUUUGAAAGAGUCAAGAAUAAAUCUUUACUUUCAAGGUAUCCCUCUUACAAUCCUAACCAUUCUUACACCUUUACUUUAUCCUUAUAUGCCCAUUCUAAUGCUGCAGUGGUAGAGGUGUUCUUAAAUUAUGGCCCCUAAACACAUUCUGUCUGCUGAGACUAAGUAAAAGUGAUUGUGUAUGACAGCAUCAAUAUGGGAGGAGUCUGCCAACUGUACUGUGGAGCUCAUGAUCUGUCAAUAACAGAUUUCUGACAUCAGGCUUACCUUCCAGUGAUUGAUGACUGGAAUAUGUAUGGAGGCAUGAGACAUCAAGCUUCAAUCUCUUAUCAAUUUACCAUGAGAUAACAUGAACUCUGUAUCAAAAUAACAUCAAUAUCAGCAGAUGAAGAAUUUUGGAUUCUGUUUAUUGGAUUAUACAAACACCCAUACCUAUGAAAAAUAAAUUCCAAAGAAAACAGGUGAUAAAGGAAAACAAAAUUCUCUAUACCAGUCUCCUGGUUUUUAGUUCCUUUAGUAAAGCAUGUGAUAGCUCAUUCCUAUUCAUGAGCCACUGUCUUGUCUACUUUCAUUUCUUAUUGGUUUCCCAAAUGUUUCUACAAUCUAAAUUGCAGCAGCAGCUCCUAAUACCAAUAUAUGUCAAAUCUUCAGAAGAAGAGGCCAUGUCUGCAGCAUACACUGCUGCCAAUAUAUGACAAAUCUUCAGAAGAGGCCAUGUCCGCAGCAUACAAAGUCUGAGCAAAACUGAAGUUGGUCAGAUGCAGCCAGCAGAAUUAUCUGUGGAUCUCUUUUUGGACUGGCCUGAAUGAGAACUGAGACGGAUUUGGCAAGAAUGUGUAUGGGGUCCUUUAUUAAUAGUGAUAUCCUACAGAGUUCGCUCCUAUCACCCACUCUCUCUCCAUUACUUAUUGAGUAUCUUGGUUAAGACUUAAAUUAUCCAUUUUUUAUGCUGAUGACUAUCCUGCACUUCUUAUUUUAUUUGCAAGAGAGCCAACUCAGCUGGAAUUAAUCUGUCCUGACAGAGAGAAGCAAGAUGACACUAAUUUCUUUUAUUUUUCUGUAAUUUCUAGAAGUGACUGCAUAAACUUUUGUUUGGUGCCUCAAAAAAUCUGUUCCUUCAUUAAUCUAAUCAACACAACUUUACAGACAAUUAUUCCCUCUUCUAAAGUAACAUUUAAUUAUCUUUCUCUCUUACACUGAAUGUACUUUGACCAUCUUUUACUGAAAAUCUUAACUUGUAGUUUCAUAUUUCAUCUGUUGGCUAAAGAGCUUUCAUGAUGUUUGGUGUUCUGUGUUGUCACUGUCAAUUCUUUCCUUCUAGGUGUUUACUGUAUACAGUAAACACAGUGAAGUAUGGCUCCAGUACAUGGGAAAGCUCCAGUAACAGCUAUAUUAAAUAUUAAUCAUUUUCACUUCUUACACUCUGCCACAGAGUUGCAUCUCUUACUAUAUUCUGUCAUUAUUUUACCAAUUAUUGCUCUUCUGAACUUGCAUACUGAAUAAAUCCCCCAUGCCACAGUUUUGUACAAAACCUUCUUCUACUUACUCUUACCCUUACUUUAUUCAUCAUAUUAGUGCAAAAUUUAACCAGCAUCAUUACUUAUUUAUUACUUUCACUGAUAAAAGUGGAAUUCUCUUCCUGUAGUUUUGAUCCCUUUCACAGAUAAAAUUUGGAACUUACUUUGCUUAUUUUGCCCUCUUAUUUUGAAGAGUAUAAAGAAGUGACCUUUUUUUUUUUUUUCACCCACAGUUUGUGUGUCCAUGGCCCUUCUUCACACAUUAAAACAAAUAUUAGUAAUGUCCUGAAGAUGAAGUAUAAUAUUGUUGAAAUACUAAAUAAAAUUGUGCAAUUUUCAG